AUGCCCUACCCUUUCGCGAUUUUGCCCUCAGGGUGGAGGCAGCAAUGGUGGGCGACAAUGUUGUGUCGACAAGAACACGAGGGGUUGAAGAGUGGUGAGGGGUCAUGGAACAUGGCUUGGGAUGCGCGGCCGGCGUGCGGGCUACACCAUCCUGACUCGGCUUGGCUCCUCUUUGGCUACACCAUCCUUUCCACCACUCUCUGCUACAAAACUAAAGCAGCUGAAGAGGCACUGCCAAAGUCAACAACACCCCGGAAUUCAUCGAAGAGAACUCGAGCAGCUAAAGUGCAUAAUUUGUCUGAAAAGAGGAGGAGAAGCAGGAUUAAUGAAAAAAUGAAGGCAUUGCAAAAUCUAAUUCCAAAUUCAAACAAGACGGACAAGGCUUCAAUGCUCGAUGAAGCAAUUGAGUACCUCAAGGGCUACAACUUCAAGUACAGGUUGAAGAUAAUUUACCCUCAAUUGGUGAGCCAAAGGUAUGGUGGCAUCUAUGUCAGAUCCAACAUUUUGAAGUUUUACGAAGCCAUAACAGGAGAUUCUGUCAUUUUGAAAUUUGAGAAAGCAAGAUGCGCUCUUCAAGAUUGUCUAAGGCGGGUAGAGGAUAUUGUACCUCAAUCUACCUGUUGUCAGAUUGCUAAUAUCUUGAAUGAACUUGAGGGAAUUGAAUUCUCACUUGAUCCUAUGGAGAAGCAAAUUGGGCACGACAUCAUUGUGUUACUCCAAAAAGGGAGAAACUUCAAUGGCAACUGUAAUGACAAUAAUGAGCUUGAAUCUUUUCACCAAGCUGCUUCAAAACUUGGUAUUACCUCUUCAAGAGCUGCACUUAGAGAAAGAGGGGCUUUAAAGAAACUUAUAGAAAGAGUCCGGGCUGAUGAAGACAAAAGAAAGGAGUCAAUAGUAGCUUAUCUUUUAGAUCUUAUCAGAAAGUACUUGAAGUUAUUCAGAAGUGAUUUCUCAGAUGAUAAUGAUUCACAGGGCUCAACACCUUGUUCGCCCAUCGUCCAUGGAUCUUUGGAGGAUGGUUGUGUGCCUGGACGCAAUAGUUAUGUGUUCGACCGUCAACUCUCGAAACUCAAUUAUUUUAAUUUUCGACCAGCCUUUAAAAGAUCAAAGCACAUGCCCUUACCUCCAGAAGAGUUGAGAUGUCCAAUAUCAUUACAAAUUAUGUACGACCCCGUUAUUAUUGCUUCUGGGCAACAAUAUGUUUAUCUUACUCCUUUUUAG